AUGGCAACCACCGAUAUAUCCCAUACCAUCGGGUUUGACGAAGUUACUGUCAACACCAGAUACCGACCAAACGACAUCGACCAACUACCAGGAGAACACCCGGGCACUAAAAAGCGAAGCGAACAAUGGUGUGGUGUCCUAAGAUGUCCCCCCUCCCCUUCUAACUCCCUCAACACUGUCAUAGGUACAAUUGGUAAGAACAAACACAUUGUCAAUCAACCGAAGGUCUAUCUCAGCUUCCACGUUCCACUACACGGCCACCCACACCUUGACAUUAACUUGACCCUCAAACGAAAACCUCGCGAAGAAUCUGGUUAUACCUACCUCGAUGAAAAUCCAGAUUUCCAUGCAAUGUCGUUAAGUUAUCUCUGUGGCCGCUUCUCCUUGGUUUACAAGCUCUUGACACCCGCAGAGAUGUCAAUCAUAUCGCAAUCUGGGAAUGUUGACUUUGGCAGUUUCGAUAAAAUCAUCGCAAUGCGCUUCACCAUUACGGAUCGUCGAUCACCACCAAUUUCCAACAUCCUCAACAACGCACAAGUCAUUGAAGCUCACCGAGACGCUCAUGCAGGUUUCUGCCAUCUGGCCACUGGUGCCAACGCCAAAAAGUUGUUCUUUUAUACUAAGUUCCAAGAUCACUGGGUUAAUCUUUUUCACAACAUUGGUUACGCUUUUGGUUCUGUAGGUACCGGCAAAUUGUUUCCACAAUAUACCAAGACGGGAGAUAACCACACUGAGCCAGAUCUCACCUGGGAUGUCCAGAGAUUGAGUCAGCUCGCCAAUAACCAUCCCAACAUGGUCGAUCAUCCAGACUUCUACCCCACCGUUCAGAAGUAUGAGGGAUAUGCUGAUUUCUCGAUUCGGAAUUUCAUCGGCACAACCCAAGAGACCUUUUGGAUCUUACAGUACGCCACUCUCUUACGAAAUUGCCCGAUCCUCGCUCAGUUCUGUGGUGAUAAACACAACGAGGUAUUCUAUAUGUCGUUCAUCCUGCCCAACCUAACCAUUCAAGGCACCUCGCUCUUCACUAUUGAAGCAGAGAUUUUCGUACAUUUUGCACCAAAAAAGAACCUGGAAGUUGCGAAGUGCAAGAAACUCGAACAAGAAGCCAAGGAGAAGGACGGAUGGAAAGGUACCAUCGUCAACAAUAGUCGGAUCGUCCACCCCGGAACACAUCUAAUGAUUGUCACCCGACCCGGUCCAACCCAACCGGAUGCCGACUUGGUCAUCGAAGCAGAGCCAUGGUUGCCCAACACAUCCCCAAUGAUCCGAUCCAAGGCUCCCACCACAACUGUCUACUUACGCCUCGAUGAGUCCAUCAAAUCUGUAAAGGCCAGAAUCUCCGCCUUGGCUAAGUGGUCCCCCUCCUACAAGCCACCAGCUCCUCCCCUCAAGCCGGCGUCCGAAGACGUCGGCGCUAACCCCAAAAAUUACAAGCGUGAUUUUGGUAGAGAGGAGAUUUCUGACUUCAGAAAUGAUGAUGACGACGACGACGACGAAAAAACUAAUGGGGUUCUAGCUCGCCUUGGUUAUGGACAGUAUGUGGCCCCUAUUCGCAGAUACAAUUCUCUCCGAGAUCUUUUCAUGGGACAUGGUCUCCAGGACACCUGGAGCGGUAGGUGCACUGACUACACAUACGGACUCCCCGAGCGUGAGGUGGUACGAAUUCUUGCACAAUGUGGUGAAUCAGAACGUAGACACCUACCAGAAUUGUUAAAGGAAGUAUUUUGUGGACUGUUGCUCGUCGUUGGACCGGCCGGAACCGGCAAAACCACCCUUACAAUUGUGUUGAUUGAGUUGGCGCUAACGGCAAACAAGAAAGUUCUCAUCGUCUCUACAACCAACUGCGCGACUACCAACAUAUGUACGAGGAUGAUGCAUACCCUUGGUCACAAAAAAUGGCUCCACAUACGCCUCCACUCAGAGCACUUGGAAUUUGCCGAGUUCAAGAGAUUCAUCGUCAAUGGUAAGCAGCAGUACAUUGCCAGGGAGAGUCCAACUGCACGUGAGAGACUGUUCGGCUUCAAUGGCAGCUUAGCACAGCGUCUCUGUGAGCUCGUUGGUUUGUUAAAGACGGAUAACCCCACCAUCCUUGCAUUGCGCCCCAGACACACCGGUUUCAAGGCUGCCAUUCAGGCUCUACUCGACUUCAAAGGUUUUGGUCCGAAUGAGAAAGGUUUAAGCUAUGAUGACGUGAAGCUCGAGUACAACCAGCAUCUGAAGGCAGCCGCCGUCGAUGUCCUAACCAAUGCUGACACAGUGUCUUGUAUCACUAUCGCUGCCACCCAAAAAUUGUUACGAAGAUUCCUCGACCGUGUCGAUCAUGUUAUGCAAGACGAGGGCGGAUGCAUCCCAACAACUGAGACACUCAUCACCAUUCACGACGGCGUCAACGUUACGAUUGUUGGAGAUACGAAGCAGAUACCCCCAUACGCAGGUUCCAGCAAUGUCAAGUAUGAGGAUACUAAGCGUGCGGUGAACGCAUUUGCAGGUCACGUCUCGCAAUCUGUUCUCGGCCAAUUGCAGGCGUCCGGGUACCCCGUCUACAUGCUCUCCAUCCAGAGGAGAAUAGAACCAGGCCUCUCAUUCAUUACUGAUACUAUUACUUACAAGAACUUGGUUUCCCAUCUACCGACAGCCACAUUGUCACCCUUUGGCUUGGCAUUUAAGAAAUGGUCGUACAACCAGAUCGGCCAUGACAUGUGGAGAGGGGUAGUCCCUCGCACAUCAGUCACAGAUGCACCUGACAACCUCGCCUAUCCCAUCCUCUUCGAUUUGCGCGGUUCUUUCUCAUACAUACAGAUCGGCGGUACCAGCACCGGAAACACCUAUUCGGCAAACCUAACUGUGAACCUGGUGUUGGACUUUUUAGAAUCGAACCCCACCAUCCAACCAGAUGAGGUCUGCAUUCUCACCCCUUACCUUCAUCAAGUCGCUCUCCUGCAAGAUGCUGUCUCUAACGCUCCCGGUCUCUGCGACGGCACUCUAGUCACCACUACCGACUCAUACCAGGGGAUGGAGCAUAGGUUCAUCUUUUAUGACUUUACCGUUUCGAUGAACUAUAGUAAGGGAAAGGCUACGUUCAAAUGGAUAUCAGAUCCGAAGCGAUUCACUGUUGCACUAACCAGACACCGGUCCGGACUUGUCAUCAUCGCAGACGCAAGUACCUUUGCUACCGCGAAGAACCCUUGUCUUCAACAAAUGUACAGGCUCAUGGCGGAGAAAAACCGGAUCCUUACGAUUGAUGCCGAUUUGGUGGAAGAUGAUUACCUCAAUAACAUGACUGCCAGCGCCUACGAAGACAAGAUGAAGAAGUAUGAGGAAUUGGUGGCUGCUAGGAAUGGAGCCUAG